AUGCAUCUGAAUGAAUUUUGGUUUUACUAUUUACGAAUAGUUUUUUGUGUUGUUUCACAGUCAAUGGCUAGAACAAUUAAAAGCCUACUUUUAGCCGGAGACUCGGAAGACCUUGAAUCUGCAUUGGAGAAUCGGGUUAGCGCACUGUUAAUUGAGCCUGCACAGAGUGACAAAAGACUCCUGCAAGUAAAUUCGGAAGAAAUGAAAAAAGAGAGUGUGUUCAUACAAGGAAGAGAGACUUUGAAGAGGAUAUCUUCUGUGAUCGAUGAAACUGAAGAUGUAGAAGACUUGAAGAAAGAACUUCAGCCAAUUCUGCAAGAAAACAUGUACUUAAUAAAUAAGAAAGAGUUCUUGCAAUUUAUCUUGCAAAUUCCAAAGGGGUGCGCAAGAAAAUAG